AAAAUUCGGGAAAAAAGAAAAGAAAAGAAAAGAAAAGAGAAAUAGGAAAAGAAAUUGUCACUACGGUGUCACCGUCUCGUUGAUUUGUGAGAAUUUCCCUGUUAAUCUUCAAGAAUAUUCAUCUCUGAAGUCCCGGAAAACAGUAAAAACUCGAAAACGAAAGAGAAAGCUUUAUAGCUUAGCUAGGGGAAGUAAGAAAUGGCUACACUCUUUGCAGCUCCAACUAUGGAAAAGAGCUUUUUUCAUCACCAGCUCCAUUUUUCUUGGUCAUCUUCAUCUUCAUCGUCUAGGUUAUCAACCAGUUUUGGGUGUUCGAACAACAAUCUUCAUCCAUUUUCUCAAAAGUCCAGUUUUUUGGGUUUAGGGCUCAAAACCCAUGAGAAAAUGGUGGUUAAAACCGGAUUUAAUGGAACUUUUGGGGUCAAAAUGUCAUGGGCUGGUCCUCUCUCCUCUGUGAAAUUAAUCCUUCAAGGAAAGAAUUUGGAGCUGUCCCCCUCUGUUAAAAGCCAUGUGGAGGAGAAAUUGGGGAGAGUAGUUCAAAAGCACAGCCAACUGGUAAGAGAGGUCGAUGUCAAGUUAUCUGCUCGUGGUGGAGAAUUUGGGAAAGGCCCCAAACUGAGAAGAUGUGAGGUGACAUUGUUUACGAAAAAACACGGUGUAGUCCGGGCAGAGGAGGAUGCGGAAUCCCUUUACGCCAGUAUAGAUUUGGUGUCCUCAAUUAUUAAGAGGAAAUUGAGGAAGAUUAAGGAAAAGGACACUGAUCAUGGCCGUCAUAUGAAGGGUUUUAACAGGCUCAAAUUGAAGGACCCGAGUGAACUGGAAAUUGUCGAGGAUAUUGAGAUUGAGGAGGUUCCUAAAGAAGAAGAUGAUGAAGAGGACGAACAGGAAGAAGAUACUGUGAUUGAGGAGAUUGUGCGAACAAAGUACUUUGAAAUGCCCCCUUUGACUGUUACCGAAGCAAUCGAGCAGCUCGAGUGUCUGGAUCAUGACUUCUAUGGUUUUCGGAAUGAGGAAACAGGUGAGGUUAACAUAGUCUACAAAAGGAAAGCCGGUGGCUAUGGACUUAUUAUUCCCAAAGGAAAUGGAGAAACAGAGAAACUGGAGCCCUUGGUGGUUGAUUCAGCUACAAAUUAGAUAUUUUAUAUUUUGUUGUUAUGUUAUGUAUGCUUGAGAAUAUCUUUUUUGGGCUUAAUUUGGAAAAUCAUCAAAAGCACUUGAGGCUUUCAUGUUUUGUGAACAAGUAAAAUAUUGACAUGUUUAUUUCAUGUGUAAAUGAAGACCAAGCUCGAGCUUUUAUCGAAUCAAGAUGUUUAUUAUACGAAUGGA